CGUUCUUGAGUUCGUCUGUCUUUGCCGGCUACUGUAUCCUUCACGCACUAGGCUUGCGCUGUCCUCGCUGCGUUCGCAGGAUGCCGUCUUGCCCAGGUCUGCACCUCGCGUGCCCCGCUGCCUCCGCCCCGCAGCUGCUCAGCCCACUCACGCCGCUCGCGCUGCAUCCAUGAUGCUGCUGCAAGCGCCCGCAAACGCUCUCUCCGCCCUGUCCGUCUCGAUAGCUCAACAGUGUCAACACCUCUUCGCUGCGCUGUCUGUGCUCGCUCGCUCUCGUCCCCUCGCUGCUGUCUGCCGUCCCUCCGCCGUCUCUCUCGUCGCCCCGCCCUUUCCGCCCGCCCCUCCGCCGCUCUGUCCUGAUGCGCAUAGCCGAGACGAGUCUGUCGACACCGCCAACGCCCCCUUCUGCGUCAUUCUGGCUCGCCCGAGUCCCCGCCGCCGACCUGCUCCCGCCUUCCCCCGUCCCCAACGCAUCGCGUGUCACGCGCCGGGACGAUGCCAAACGAUACGCCAGCAUCGUACGAGGCCCCUGCAACUCGUUCAGACCAAAACGAUGCCCGGGACGGCUCGCUACACGACGUUCUGUGCGACGCUCCCCAGAGCACCCGCGGUCCUCUCCACCAUGCAUGGCCUUCUCGCGUCCCUCCCGACGUGCGGGUGCAUACCGCAACUGUCGGUCGACUUGGCGCGUAGCACAGAUCGACCGUUGUGCGUACCACAAGUGCUGGGCCACGUGAAACCGGCGAUACUCUCGUCUAGGCACCGGGAACAACACAGCGCAGCGCGCAGGCGGCUCCCAGGACGAUCUCUCACUCUACAGCCAACGGAUGGCCCACGGAUCGCGGAGCACGACGCACGAAACGGUCUGCUCUGUGUACAAGCGCCCACCACCAGUACUGCACCGGCCUCGCCGCCACUGCGACGAACACGCCUCGUGCCUAGGCGGCAUGCAUGCGGCACGCGGCGCAGGUCAGUGGGUCCACGCGGAUCUACGUACAAGCACUCACUACUACAGCGCACGCAUCGGCGGUCACUCAGAGCCGCACCUACGAGCCUUUCGCUCGUGCCGCAUCGCGGCACAUCACCGUGCGGACACAAGCAUUGCGACGUGCGCCCUCACUCACCCCUUGUCCUACUCCUCCGCAGCCGUCCACGAAGCUCCCGUUCGCUGCAAGUCCACCGGCCGUCGCAAGAACCCAGCAGC